CAGUAUCGAAGCUAAUCAGCAAUAUGUUGCGAUUUUCCGGAGCGUGUCGAGCGAACAUCGACGAAAUUGCUAACCACUGUUGGCUAAAUUAUGAUAAAAAUAUGCCUGCUAUCCAGGAUCUUCCCGAAAACAAGGUACAUUUUCAUUUCAAGCGAAUUUUUGCUAAAGCAAUAUGUUUCAAAUUAGCACACGGUUUUCACACCUACAAAGCGGAGCAAGUACUUCUAGUUAAAUGCUUUGUGUCUCAUAAUUAAUC